AUGACUUGUCUUGGCUCCUUCCAGGUGGCGUUGAUGAGCAUGCAGACGUGCGAGGAGUACACCAACUGCGCUCAAUGUCUGGAACCCGCAGACCCCUACUGCGGAUGGUGCUCCCUGGAAAAAAGGUGCACGGUGCGGUCCGAGUGCAAGAAGGCCCUCUCCAGCUCUCCCCGCUGGCUGACGAUCGAUGCCGGACAACAGUGUAUCGACAUGGAGAAGAUCGAACCCAGCCAGAUCGCCGUCAACCAGCCAGCGGAGAUCUUGCUGACGAUCCGGGCGCUGCCGCCGCUGCCGGCUGGGGCCAAGUACCUCUGCGUGUUCGGAACGGCUCCGCCGGUCGACGCCGCCGCCGCCGCCGACGGCCUGCGCUGCCGGGCGCCCCCGGUUCACCUCAGGCCUUCCGUGCCGCUCACCGCGGACCACGUGACCGUGCCGCUGUCGGUCAGGUCGUCCGAGACCAGCAAGGACUUUGUGACGCGCCAGUUCGCCUACUUCGACUGCAGCCACCACACACGCGACGAGAGAUGCUCCGACUGCCACGGGGCGCCUCGGUGGCAGAGCCCGGCCGAGCUGGGCUGUCCGGCGGUGGUGCAGCCCCGCCAGUCGAUCCUGGUGCCCAGCGACGUCAGCCAGAGCCUGGUACUCGAGGUGCGCAACCUGCCGCCGCCGCUGGCCGGCCAGGCCAGCUACACCUGCGUCAUUGUGGUGGAGGGCCGCACCACCCUCGUGCCGGCACGCGUCGACGCCAAGCGUUUCGUCGUCUGCGACAGGACCAGGUACUACUACCACGCGAACUCGUCGCUUACCACCGCAACAGUCAUCAUCAAGUGGAACUACACCAACCGGGUGGACGCCGUCAACAUCACCCUGUACAAGUGUUCGCUUCUCGCCACACACCGCGGUGCCGAAGACUGUUCUCUCUGCCUGACCAGGGACCCCAGAUACAGAUGUGCCUGGUGCGAAGGGACAUGCCGCUUCGGCCGACAGUGCGCUCAGAGUACCGACAGCAAGUGUCCCAAACCGCAGAUCCGUAAGAUACACCCUCGCUGGGGUCCUCUGGAAGGCGGCACCUUGCUCACCAUCGAAGGCCGCAACCUCGGCCUCCGCCGGAGUGAGGUCAACGGACGGAUCUUCGUCGGCCGGGCGCCCUGUGUCCUGGUCGAGUAUGAGGUUUCGGUCAGGGUUGUCUGCCGGACCGGCGCCGUGGCCAGUCCGUCGGUGGAACCCGUCAAGCUGGGCAGCAACGCCGGCUUCACCGUCUCCACCGCUUCGUUCGAGUACAAGCGGAUCGACGUGGUCGACGUUCAUCCUCGCAUUGGCCCUCUGAGUGGUGGAACCCUCCUGACUUUGACCGGGACCAACCUCCACAUCGGGUCAAACGUGACGGUCACGCUGGGCGGCCGGCCGUGUCAUAUGACAGCGAGAACAGCUGACGUCAAGUGCCUGACCUCUGCCGCGUCCAAGGUUGAGAAGGUUAACCAGGUUGUGCUAGUGCUGGAUGCUGCCAGGAGGAAGCUCCACGCGUCUUACGAGUAUUCUCCAGACCCGUCCGUGCUGGACAUCAAGCCGCUGAAAAGCUACGCCUCGGGCGGGCGGCUACUGACCGUGCACGGCCGGCACCUGGACUCGGUGCAGGCGCCCCGCAUGAUAGUGUUCAACGAGACACACCGGCGGCCAAUCAAUAGUACUCUGUGUCGCGUGCUGUCCUCGGAGCUGAUGGAGUGCGCGUCGCCGGCUGUGCCCCGUCCGGUGGCCCCGCCGGCAACCUCGAGCAGCCGGCCCGGACUUCGGCGUCGGUCUGCGGGUCGGCAGACGGCCGGACGGCCUCGUGAGCGGCCGCUGCAGAUCGGGUUUCUGAUGGACGGAGUUCAAACCGUGAGGGACCUACAUCAGUUUGCCCCUGACGUGCAGUCCACCAUCGUGUACGUGGACGACCCGCAGUACCUCUCCUUCGCCAAUGGUGUGCGGGUCUUCGGUGGCAACACGCUGGUUAUCGAGGGUCGUGACCUGAGCGCGGCCAGUGACGAGCGUGACACGGCGGUGACGGUGGGCGGCCAGCCCUGCAAUGUCACCAGCCUGACGGCCAGCCAGCUGGUCUGUGUGCCGCCCCAGCAGCAGCCGGCCGGCCAGCUCGGCGCCGACAGCAGCCAGCUGCCAGACGUCGUCGUCAGCGUCGGCAACCUCCGGUUCACGCUCGGACGGCUGGUGUACGAGGAGCAGGCUAAUGUCCGCAAGCUGGGUGCGGACGUGAUCGGCGGCAUCGCGGCCGGCGCCGCCGUCCUGGUGCUGGCCUCGCUGCUCAUCCUGUUCGUGUACCGGCGCAAGUCGUCCCAGGUCGAGCGCGAGUACAAGCGCAUCCAGAUCCAGAUGGACACGCUCGAGAACAACAUUCGCUCCGAGUGCAAGCAGGCGUUUGCGGCCAUGUGCACGUGGGACUCGCGGCGGGGCGGCGACCCUCUGGCGGCGGCCAGUCCUGACCUGCAGGCGCAGCUCAACAGCCUGGCGGCCAGCUUCAACCCCGACGAGGUCGACUGCCUCGAUCAGAGGGAGUUCCUCAUCAAGGUUCUGUUCCCCGGCAUCGCGGAUCAUCCGAUCCUGAAGCACCAGAGCCCCUCGUCUCCCACCAGUCCUCGGACCACGCUCGACGUGGCCAUGCUACAGCUGGAGCAGCUGGUGAGAAAUCCCAACUUCCUGGUCGCCGUCAUCGACACCAUGGAACAGCAGAAGGACUUCUCCAUCAGGGACAGGGUGACGGUGGCGUCCCUGCUGACGGUGAUCCUGAUGACCAACAUGGAGUACAUGACGACCGUACUGCACCAGCUGCUGGUGCGGCACAUAUCCAGGAUAUCGCGCUCCAAACAUCCUCACCUGAUGCUGCGCCGCACCGAGACCGUCAUGGAAAAGCUGCUCACAAACUGGAUAUCCGUCUGCCUUCAUGGGCACAUCCGGGAUCGGCUGUCCUCGCCGCUGUACCUGCUGACCAAGGCCAUCAAGCACCAGAUGUCUUGCGGCCCGGUGGACGCCGUCACGCUGGAGGCCCACUACAGUCUGGCCGAGGAGAGGCUGCUCCGGCAGCAGGUCGAGCACAACAGCGUGACGUUGAUGGUGACGACUGAGGAGACUCCGUACGAGCGGAUCCCGUGUAACGAGUACCAGGGCCAGCCCCGGCUGUACGAGGACGUCAGUCACAAGGUCACCGUGCACGCGCUCGACUGCGACUCCAUCAGUCAGGUCAAGCAGAAGGUCAUUGACGAGGUGUUCUGCGGCCUGCCCGCCUCGCAGCGGCCCAGCCACCACUGCGUCGCUUUAGAGUGGUACCGUGCGGACGGUCAGCGGAGUCUGCUGGCCGAUGAAGACGCCACUAGCAAAGCUGUAGACGGAUGGAGGCAGAUCAACACCUCUCUCCCACUACGGCAUCUCCAAGCUUGCCACCAUGUACCUGGUCCAGGCUAGGGAAACAGUACGGACAAAGAAAUACCACACACCUGGCUCGGUGAGCAGUUUCUCUCUGUCGUCGGCGCUCUCUCCGCUGGUGAACACCAACAUCUACGUGCGGCCGGGCGCUGAGGUCAAGGUGUACCACCUGGUGCGACCGGAGG